AUGGAUAAUUUCAAGUAAUAAAAGAUAUCCAUUUAACAUUAACAACAAGUAAAUUAUUGUGAUGUAAAUUAAUAUUAUUAACAUAUAUAAUUAUAUGAUUAAUAUAUACUUGAUUAAAUCUAAAAUAAUUCAGCUUUUUACUAAAUAAUUAGACCUUAUAUUAAAAGACUAAUUAUAUCUAUUCUAAUAUUAUUUACAUCUAUAUUAUUUUUUUUACAAAUAUUCAAUGUUUCAUAAUAAAUAAAUCCUUUAAAUAAUCCGAAUGAUUUAUUUUUCCAAAAUAUUUGGUAAGAUAUUACAGAUUAAAUAAUAAAACCUAAAACAAUAAAAAGUAAAUUUGAAUCUAUAAAACUAAAAGAAAAUAAUUUAAAAGUACUUUUAAUAUCUGAACCUAAUUUACCUUUAAGUGGAGCUUCUUUAGACGUAAAUGUAGGUUCAGUUAAUAAUCCAGACUAAUUAUAAGGACUUGCACAUCUUUUAGAACAUAUGCUACUUAUGGGAAGUGAAAAAUAUCAAGACAAAAAUUUAUUUUAUGAUUUAUUAUCAAUAAAUUAAGGUUAAAUUAAUUCAUAUGCAGAGAAUGGAAAAUCUAAUUUUUAUUUUCAAAGCGCAAAUAAUAAUUUUGAGUAAAUUUUAGAAGUAUGGAGUCGAUUUUUCAUUGACCCUCUAUUAAAAAAAGAAUAACUAGAACGAUAAAUAAAUACAGUAAAUUCUGAAUAUAUGAAUCAUUUAACCAUAUAAGAUGAAAGAAUUUAAAGUUUAUUAAUUAAUAUAAGUGAUAAAGAACAUCCUUUUAAUAAUUUUUUUUGUGGAAAUUUCAACUCUUUAAUGAAGAAUCCUAAAAAUACAUACUCUGCCCUAAGAGAGUUUUUUUAGAAAUAUUAUUUUGCCGAAAAUAUGACUUUGGUAAUAAAA